AUGGCAAAAUCAACCGUCUUUCAGCGUGUGAAAGAUGGAACUCUUCGGCCACAUUCUAAUUCCAUCAAGCCUCAGUUAACCGAAGGGAACAGAAAGCAUGUCCUCGAUUUGAUGAAAAUGGAAUUGAGUUGUUUUCUGAAAAAAAUCGGUAAUUUUUCGUUUGUAGUUAAGGAACCAGAUAAGCAGAAUAGCAAAAAUCGAACAGCAACAACUAUGGAAACAAAGCCCAUUCAGUCAGUAACUAAAGAUAUCGCUAGAGUUUGCUUGAUAGAGAAUGUUCUUCCUGCUAUUAGAGCAAAAUGGCCAGCUUCCGAUUCAAAUAAUCCUAUCUUUUUACAACAAGAUAAUGCAAGGCCACAUAUUGGUAACAAUGAUUUGGAAUUUAUUGAAGUUGCCCGACAAGAUGGAUUUGACAUGAGAUUGUGUUUUCAACCAUCGAACUGUCCAGAUUUAAAUGUUUUAGAUCUUGGUUUUUUUAGAGCAAUCCAAAGUCUUCAGUAUCAAAGGUCCCCUAAAAUUGUUGAUGAAUUAGUGGAAGCAGUGGAAAGAUCUUCUGAUGAAAUGAAAGCGAAACAACUCAAUCAUGUAUUUCUUACUUUACAAUCUUGUAUGAUUGAGGUGAUGAAAGAUAGUGGCGGCAAUAAUUACAAAGUGCCUCACUUGAACAAAAAUGGACUAGAAAGAGAAGAAAACCUUCCUAUCCAACUUCAUUGUGAUAUUGAUAUCGUCAAUAAAGAUUUGGCUCUACUUCAACAAUGA